GGGGCGGGGAGGCGCGGGCGGCGUGCGCGCGCCGGGCGUGGGUGAUAGCGCGGCGCGGCGGGAGCGCGGCAGAGAGGGACGCGGCCACCCUGGACAGCGCACCGCCGCCGCCGCGCGUCAUGGAGCAUCUAAAGGCCUUCGAUGAUGAAAUCAAUGCCUUUUUGGACAAUCUGUUUGGACCUCGAGAUGCUCGAGUCAGAGGGUGGUUCAUGUUGGACUCUUACCUUCCUACCUUCUUUCUAACUGUCACAUAUCUGCUUUCAAUAUGGCUGGGUAACAAAUACAUGAAGAACAGAGCUGCUCUGUCUCUCAGGGGAACCCUCACCUUGUAUAACCUCGGGAUCACGCUUCUGUCUGCAUACAUGCUGGUAGAGCUCGUCCUGUCCAGCUGGGAAGGAGGCUACAACCUACAGUGUCAGAAUCUCGACAGUGCAGGCGACGCUGACGUCCGGGUAGCCAAAGUGUUAUGGUGGUACUACUUCUCCAAAUUGGUGGAAUUCCUGGACACCAUCUUCUUCGUUUUGCGAAAAAAGACAAAUCAGAUUACUUUUCUCCACGUCUACCACCACGCCUCCAUGUUUAACAUCUGGUGGUGCGUUCUGAACUGGAUUCCCUGUGGACAAAGUUUUUUUGGACCAACCCUGAACAGCUUUAUCCACAUCCUUAUGUACUCCUACUACGGACUCUCCGUGUUCCCAUCUAUGCACAAGUACCUGUGGUGGAAGAAAUACCUCACACAGGCUCAGCUGGUGCAGUUCCUGCUCACCAUCACGCACACGCUGAGCGCUGCAGUGAAGCCCUGCGGCUUCCCCUUCGGCUGCCUCAUCUUCCAAUCUUCCUACAUGACAACGCUGGUCAUCCUCUUCUUAAAUUUUUACUUUCAGACAUAUCGGAAAAAGCCAGUAAAGAAGGAUUCAAAAGAGCCACUUGCUGCAGAGAAAGAGGUCAGGAACGGUCUUUCCAAAGCCUGCCUCGCUGCUGCGAACGGAGUGGUCAGCAAGAAAGCACAGUAACGGCAAAAGCACACGCACGGCAGUAGGCUGGCAGGUUCGCUUGUUUUAAAGCAGAGACUAAAUUGAAAGUUGUGUGUUUUAGCAUAAACUAAUUUCUUUUUGUGUUUAUAAAUCAUUUGUAUCCAGAAUGUAUUAAUAUAUUGCCACUAGGUUGCUCUGUUAACCGAAUGCUUUGGACAGCACAGAGGCGAGGCUGGACUCUGAUGACCUCAGAACAGGUGCAGCUUUCCCACCCCGAGGCCCCGCCCGGGAGAGCCACUCUGUGAUGCCCGGCAUGCGUGUGCAGCCAGGAAGCAGGGCACUGUUCCUCCUGGGGGUCUCCGGACCCCCAGACGCAACUGUGUAGAGACUGUAAGUAUAGGGUACGGUCUAGUCUACAUUAAGCAAUAAUUACCGGUGCAUAACAUUCUUCUGUUUUUAAGCAAUAUGAGAAUCAACCCUAGAAAAUAUUAAAGUGGGAUCAUAAUCACAAGACAAAAACCUAGCAAAACCUGUUUUCUUCACGCCAGUCUUGUCAGAUUUUCAGUCACUUCUAAUAAAAUAAAAUUCUAGUUAUUCUAAGAAAAAAAAAACUCUGCCAAAUCCUCAUAACUCAGGGGCUUUGGAUAAGAGUCAUUCUUGAUUUUAAUUUGAUCUAAAUUUUUCAUCUAUUCCUAUCUCCCAUGAUAGUGAGCCUAGGUUAAUAAAUGUGUCUCAUCCUAAAAUCUCUGUUGCUGUCUGGCUGCCCACUUCCUUUCAGGACAAGGACCACAGUUGAGUGAUCCCUUCCCUUUGGAUGUCUGUGCCACCGGAUUAUUAUAAAUCAGAAGUACCAGCAGUGUGGACAGGGUAAUGUUAGUGAAUGUUACCCCGAACACUCCCUUACCACCAAUCUCUGCAGGUUAGUUUUUGAAGCAAGAAAGAGAUGUAGUUUGGAAAGAUCUUGACACUGAGCCGCGGGCAGGUCCAGAUCAUGGUGAAAACGCCCUCCUGCUCAGCACUGUGGUCUCCGCAGAGCAGCAGCACAGCCUGGGGAGCGCUGAUGAGGACCCUUCUCCCCAGUGUUGGCCUGCUACUUCCAGUGGCCGUGUACCCACCACGAAAAAAAGCAUUUCCUAAAGAUUACACCGUAUCAAACGAGAUUUGCCAACUGUGACACUUUGCUUUCCUGUGUCACUUUUCUAAAAUGUAAGUUUUUAUACAUGAAAUUAACGUCAAAUGCAUGAGCACUGGAAAGGCACUUUUACUGUUCCCUAAUGGUGCCUUCCUGCCCCUUUUUUACCAUCCAUUUCAACUCUAGUUUUAAAUUUUCACUGUGGAGGGGUGGCUUUUUUAAACUUUUACUUUGUGUAAACGACCCUUUCUCAGGACUCGGGCAUGCAUUUUGAAGGUGACUAACACAUCUGCAGGGUAAAGGCACUGUGCCCUGUGGCCCUUCGAGUGGCGCCCGUUUCUGUUGAGCAGAGCUCUCCCAGUCUGGUGCCCACUAUUCUCCCGAAUGGUUCUCUAAAAUUGAGCUGCCCUAGGUGCUUACCACCACCCGCUUCUCUUCUCAUUAGCUGUACUCAGUGUUUUGUGCUUUUCCAGGAACUAAUUUCGAAACUAGGGCUAGCCUUAACCAUGACUGUUUUUAUACUUUCAUGGCAAGACCCGGAUCACAUAGAGAAGGUCCCUCUGAGAGACAGACAGAGCCACAAUUUGUUACCAAGUGCAUUCGGGGUAAAAAGGCAACUCAGAGGCAGGCGGCGCAGGUCGCUGGUCAUCCAGCCUGUUGUCAUUGCUGUGAGCACCUGGUCCCACUGCAGCUUGGGGCGCUUUCAUGGGCCCCCACAUCUAUGCAGCAGGGAGCCAGUCCAGCGUCAGCUCGCCGUGCACGCAGCUCCAAAUGAGAACCGGCUCUGGUGAAGCAAAGUGGAAACCCGUAGCCUUAGACCACUCGGGCUGAUGCACACAGAGCCGUGCCAUGUGGGCCACCAGCAGUGAAUCAGGCGAGGAUUGUAACAGUCAUCAAGUGCUAUAACUUAAAAAACCAAAAUGUUACUUUCACGGUGAUUUUCCUAAAACAGCUGUAAAAUAAUAUUGCUGUGUCUGUAAUCUGUUAAAAAGUGAAUACUGUCAAUUCCCUUUUACCCCAGGAAUGAAAAUACUUUAAAAGAUACUGUAAAGUUGGUUAGUAAUUCCCUCAGCUUUUAAAACAAAAUGGAUUUGGUGAGUGGGAUUAAACAAAAUUUUUCAAGCCAUCAAAAUUAUGUAUUGAACUAGUUAAUAAGCCUAUUGAGGAAUAAAGUUCUCUCCACCCCCUCAGAGAAGUAUUUCUUUUAGGAGAAAAUUGUAUUUGCUGUGAUGAGCAGUAUUUUAUAUGUAAGAGACCAUUCUAGUUUGUCCCUGUAUUUCCACAUCAUUUUUGAAUGUUUAUUGGGCUUGCUUAUUUUGGAGAAAAAGGAUAUGACAUUUUUGUUUUCUUUUGAAAGUACUUGUAUCAUGAGUAGGAUGGACAGGGAGGUAGGAAAAGCCAUUUUUCUUUGUAGAUAAAAAGCAUUCUGUAUGAUUAUUGUAUAAUAAAUUGAUUUUUACACUAAAAA